GGGACGCCCGGGAAGGUGCUGACCUCUCGCUGUGCAGGCUCACGGACCAUCACGGCUUCCUGCACAACAUCGCCAGGAGACCCGCAGGGCCGAAAAGUGAGCAAAGAUGCUUCGCAACUGGGACCACUGCGGGCCCAGCGAGAAGAUGCGUUGGCACUUCUAUAAAGGGGUCCAUCCCCAGGUGAGGGGUCAGGUGUGGGCCCUCCUGCUCGAUAUUGAGAAGGUGAAGUCCACCGAACAGGGGCUCUACAAGUUCUGCCCCCAGAAAAUGAAGGAGCGGGCCCAGGUCUUCUCCAAGAACAUCCGGCAAAUAGACCUGGACGUGAACCGCACCUUCCGGAACCACAUCAUGUUCCGGGACUGCUAUGGCAUCAGGCAGCGAGCCCUGUUCCAUGUGCUCCGGGCGUAUUCAGUCUACGACCCCGAGGUGGGCUACUGUCAGGGGAUGAGUGACAUCGUGGCAAUCCUGGUCAUGUUCCUGGGUGAGGAGGACGCCUUCUGGGCCCUGGCACAGCUGAUGACCUUGGAGACCCAUGCCAUGCACGGGUUCUUCGCUCCGGGAUUCCCAAAGCUGGCCCGUUUCCAGCGGCAUCAUGAUGACAUCGUGGAGAAGGAGCUCAAAGGCCUGAAGAAACACCUGGACGAGCGAGGGAUGAGCGCGGGGCUGUACACCACCAGGUGGUUUCUCCAAUGUUUCAUCGGCCGGACCCCCUUCGCGCUCACCCUGAAGCUGUGGGACGCCUACAUGCUGGACGGAGAGCGCGUCCUCACAGCUAUGGCCUACACCGUCCUCAGGCUGCACCGCAGUAAGGGACCCCGUGGGAGCCCAGGGGUGUCUGAUGCAGGUGUGGGGGGCCGGGGAGAUGGCCCACUGCUCCCAGGAGUGAGGACACAGGGAGGGACACAGGCCGGCCGGUGGCUUGGGGGCCCCCCUGCAGAGGAGCAGCGGGCACGGGGCCUCUCCUGCGCGGCUCUGCCCGGGGUGCUCCUGGGAACGGCGGGACGCCCAACCGCUGUCCCCGGGCAGGAUCCUGGGACGGUGGGGAGGCGCCCCUCUGCUCUGACUCACACCCAUUGCCCAGAACGCCUCCUGAAGCUGCCCCUGGAAGGGCUGCAGGGCUUCCUUCAAGACACCCUGGCCCAGCCCUGGGCCCUGGAGGAUGAGGCCGUCCUCAAACACCUUCGGGCCUCCAUGGCCCAUCUGCGACGGAGGAAGUGCGACCUGCCCCCGCCAGCCGGCCCGGAGGAGUUCCCCAAGAUGCCCCUGGGCCAGGAGCAGGUGUCCCCAGCCCCGACGGCCCUCCUCCCUUCUCCUACCCUGGAGACGCUCUCUGGAGCGGACGGGCUGGCCUCCCCAGGCCCAGCCACACACCCUGAGCAGCCGGGACCCCUUCCCCGCCAGGCCGUGCUCAAGGCCGAGCAGCCGCUGCAGGAGGGAAGGUCGACGCAGCCCUUGGCGGCACCCCUGUGGCCAGAAGCCCCUGGGACCCUAGUUCUAGCACAACUGCCCCCAGCCCAGGACCCCUCGCUGGCCCGGCUACCCUGGCAGCGAUGCAGUUCCCUCCCCAACCUGCCAGGACACCAGGGGGAUGUGUGCAGGGGGCCUGUGGACAUGGCCUUGAGGCCACAGCACUGGGUCCCUUUCCCUUUAACCCCUGCUGGGGCCACCCCUAUGGCCACACCCCAGACAAAGCCCCAAAACGUCCCUGGGUCUCCUGGGACAGGGUCCCUCCAGCCCAGGAGGGAGGAGGCUGUAGGGCCCAGGACACCCUUCCUGCCCUAGGGCCUCUGCAGCUCCUGCCCCUGUGUGGGCUUCGACCAGCCCAGCCGAGACACGUGCGGGCCAGCGUUGAGCCCGCAGCCCCAGGGCCCCGAGCCUGCCCAGGCCCCUCUGAUCUCCUCCUUGAUGGGGAAAGUAGAUGCCCCUCGGCCUCUGGAGAAGAGCGUGGGGGCUGAGAGGCUCUGGGCAGCCAGCACGGUGCCCUGCCUCCUCACUCUCGACUUCUUGGAAGAUGGCACCCCCUCCAGGAGGUACCAAGUCACUGUCCUAGAGGGAUCUUCUCUGGCCUGACCCCAGGCCCCCGGGAGCAGAGACAACACGAGCUCCCCCACGACCAGAAGGAAGACUGAUGGGUCUCAGGCCCCGUGGCCUUGGGCAGUCCUGAGUUCUGACCCAAAGCUGCUCAAGUCCUUGAAGGACUCUCUGUGUCCACCUGGGGCCUGGGCAUGCCCCACGGGUGCACGACUCCCACCUAGGUCAGCUCUGGGGACCACAGGUCAGCCCAGCCUGGGCGCAUGGACAGGCAGGUGGGCCCUGCCCUCCCCUCCCCCACAGGAGGAGGCAGGGGCCACCAGAGCGCGGGUCUCCAGCGGUCACCUGGCAGCCAUAGGGCAGUGGCCAAGGCCAGGCAGACGUGUUGGGACCCUGUCCGGGAACCCUGAUGCUGCACCCCAGCUCAGGUCCGCAUCCUCAGCACCUGCCUCUCAAGGAAACUUGGAAAACGUGCUGACACCCGCCGUCAGCACAGGUGCCAAGUGGGGGACACUAGCGUCCAGGCCUCCAUGGGACUUCGGCCUUCCCCUGAAGGAGAAGCUGGUGUCCGUCCCCAGGGGAAGGCUCGCAUCCUAGGUUCUGAGCCCCUGUUGACUGCUGACAUUCAAUAAAGUGUUGUUGUGGUCGAA